AUGAGGACCCGAAGCAAUUCGGGGGUCCGAUUAGAUUAUUAUCAAAGAGUUGUUCAUAAACUAAUUUUAGACCACCAGCAACCUGUUACGGGUCUGUUUCCAGCUAGUUCUAAUAAUGAUCAUGCUUGGAUUAGAGACAACUUAUACUGCAUACUGGCAGUAUGGGGCCUUUCUAUGGCAUUCAAGAAAAUCGCCGACCAAGAUGAAGAUCGAGCUAAAACAUACGAGUUGGAACAGAGUUGUGUGAAAUUGAUGAGGGGAUUAUUAAAUGCUAUGAUGCAGCAAAAGGAUAAAGUGGAGAAAUUUAAAAGCACCCAACAUCCACUGGAUUCCUUACAUGCUAAGUACUCAUCUAUCACUGGCUGCACAGUUGUUAAAGACAAUGAAUGGGGCCAUCUACAAAUAGACGCUAUCUCGCUCUAUCUUUUAAUACUUGCUCAAAUGACUGCCUCUGGUCUGCAAAUAGUAUUCUCCCUAGAUGAAGUGGCAUUGAUCCAAAACUUAGUAUUCUAUAUAGAGUCUGCUUACUGCACUCCCGAUUAUGGUAUAUGGGAAAGAGGAGACAAAACAAAUCAUGGCUUACCUGAACUCAAUGCUAGUUCCAUUGGUAUGGCUAAAGCAGCUCUUGAAGCAAUGAACGAGCUCGAUUUAUUUGGGGCUCGAGGAGGGCCAUCUAGUGUUAUUCAUGUUUUAGCAGAUGAAGCACAGAAAUGCCAGGCCGUUUUACAAUCAAUGCUUCCUAGAGAGUCUAAUAGUAAAGAAUUGGAUUCCGGUCUACUCUCAAUAAUAAGUUACCCGGCAUUCGCAGUUGAUGAUCCUCAACUUAUCAACAAGACGAGAGAGACAAUUGUGUCGAAACUGCAAGGAAAGUACGGCUGUAAGCGUUUCUUAAGAGAUGGUCACAAAACACCACGAGAAGACCCAAAUAGACUGUACUACGAGCCAUGGGAAUUGAGGAUGUUUGAGAAUAUUGAAUGCGAAUGGCCAUUGUUCUUCUGCUACUUGAUCUUAGAUUACUGGUUCCAGAAUGAUAAAACAAAUGCAACGGAAUACUUGCAGAAGCUCGAGAAGAUCAUGAUAAGGAAAGAGGAUGACGGAAUCAAACUUGUACCGGAGUUGUACGCUGUGCCGAUCGAUAAAGCAAAUCAAGAGCAGCAGGAACCGGGCAGCCAGGAACGAAUUCCGUUGGGAAGGUGUCCAUUUUUGUGGGGACAGUCGCUUUACAUACUUGGGAAAUUAUUGCAAGAGGGAUUUUUGGCAGUCGGAGAAUUAGAUCCGCUGAACAGAAGAUUGUGUUCGGAGAAGAAGCCUGAUGUUGUUGUCCAGAUCGUGAUACUGGCUGAGGACAAUGAGAUCAGGGACAAGCUUCUGGAGUAUGACCUUCAUGUUCAGACUAUCAGUGAGGUGGCACCUAUUGAAGUACAGCCCGCGAGGGUGCUGAGCCAUCUGUAUACUUACUUAGGUAGAAAUAAGAAACUUGGUCUAUCAGGUAGAAAAUCUCGCGAUGUGGGUAUAUUGAGCACAAGCAAACUGUACUCUUUGAAUGAUCGGAUAUUCGCUUUCACACCACAGUUUUCUGAUAUGACGCGAUUCUACAUAGCUUCCGAUUACGAACUGAUGGUAGAUCUAUUGAAGGCUGAGAUUAAUUUCCUCAAGUCUUCGUGGCAGAACCUUCUUGGGAGACCGCUCAUUAACUUCGACUACGAGGAGUACUACAUGACUCGCGACCCGGCGUUGCUCGCGAGUACCUUCACAGCCAACGUAGCCUUCCUCGGCAUGAGCUGGACCCAAAUGCUGGGUCGACCUACCGUCACAUUACUCGCAACUCAGUACCUGCUCGAUCAAGGCAAAAUCCCGAUGGCAAUGAUAACUACGAUGAAGAAACUUAAAUCGGGUUACAUCAAUGGUACCAGGGUUAUGUUGGGGAAUUUGGGAGACUUCUUGAAUACUUCUGCCAUCACUAACUUGAGUUUUCUGGGCAGCCAGGAAGAGGGAUAUCCCGAUAAAUUGAAUCCCCAAGUCCAGAGUUAUUUGGAGGAGCAUCUUUUACGGUCGCUGAGCUCUCGCUGGUCGUUCGCCAAAGGAGCGCCCGCCGCCCGCCGGCCCGCGCUACGAAGACGAAUGUCCGUGAGGGGCGCUAUACGGAAAACACGCUCCAUCAACGUUGACUCUGAAACCCUCGGCAUGGAAGGUGAACACACGGGACCUCAUCUGGAGAAAAAGUCUUCCUGGCUAGAAAUAGAUCCUACCUUUGGGAAAAGCCCUUCACCUGAAAAGAGGGCCUUCACUAAAGGUACAUCAACUACUAGUCUUGGAGUAGUAGGCACCGGACCUGCAAUAGAGAUCACUAAGGAAGAUACACCUUCACCGCCCAAGGAAGAAGGUCCGGCGGGCCCCAGCGUGCCUCGCAGCCGCACGUGGUCGGACAACUCGUACUCGGAGCAGGAGACGGCGGAGCUGCUCGCGGCGCUGAGGGACGCGGACAGUCUGGACGACCAGGGAGACAUCCUGCAGUACCUGGUGGACACGCACGGGCUGGACUAUAACACGGGUAUUCAAGAGAACGGAAAAUCAGUAACAGUAAGAGAUUUGCUCAAAGUGUUGUACGAGAAGGCGUGCACUCAGAAGCUGUGGGGCCUGGUCAGACAUACGGCCGGCAUGCUGGGGAAGAGAGUCGAGGACCUGGCUAAAGCUGUCACGGAUCUGCUCGUGCGGCAGAAACAGAUUACUGUGGGUAUGCCGCCGAAUAACGAACAUACAGUCACAGCGCCCCUACCGGAGAACGAGCUUAGACAUCUCAUACAUCUGUCAUUCCGACGUGAGGGUCGCGGGAGUUGCAAGAAGGCGUACGGAGACGACGAGAGCACAGCCAUGUUGACUCAGGAGCUGCUGGUGUACCUGGCCAUGUUCAUACGGACGGAGCCGCAGCUGUUCCUGGAGAUGCUCCGGCUGAGGGUUGGCCUCAUUAUACAGGUGAUGGCUACUGAGCUCUCUCGGACUUUAUCGUGUGAUGGUGAAGAAGCCUCUGAACAUCUUCUCAACCUGUCUCCCUUUGAAAUGAAGAAUCUUCUUCAUCACAUACUCAGCGGGAAGGAGUUCGCUAUCAAUAGUGCAAACUCACAAAUAAUUGUAUUAAAGGAAAAAUACGGUAAAACUAAAGCGGGUCGAGGUAACUUCUCCAUAGUGAGCAACAAAUCAAACCGCUACACUAAGAAGUCACAGAUUAUACUUGAAGGACAGGGACUACAAGGAACCAUUGAUGAAGGUCCAUCAAGCGAGCCCGACCGUCAGGGUCAGUGGUUAAGAAGACGAAGACUUGACGGAGCUCUGAACAGAGUGCCUAGAGACUUCUACCCGAGAGUGUGGGGCGUGUUGGAAAAGUGCCAAGGUCUAGCCAUACAAGGAAAAGUGCUGCAACCGAAUCUGACCCAAGAGAUGACUCCCGGAGAGUUGAAAUUCGCUCUCGCUGUAGAAACAGUACUGAACUCGAUCCCACAACCUGAGUACAGACAACUGAUAGUAGAGGCGCUUAUGGUGAUCACAUUAGUAGUGGAGUACAAAGCGGUCGGGCAUCUCGGCGGGCUGAUAACAGUGGAACAUGUAGUGCAUAAAGCUAAUCAGAUAUUCUUGGAAGAUCAGACUCGUGUGAACGGAGACGCGACUCUAUGUUGCGCGAAGGUGUCUUCGGGCGAGGUAGGGGGUGCAGUAUGCGGGGGGGCGGCCGGCGUCUGUCAACACUUGUAUGACAGCGCGCCGAGCGGCAGCUACGGAACUAUGACGUACUUGGCGCGGGCCGUCGCCUCUCUACUUAGAGAUAGACUGCCUCACGACCAGCCCUUGGAGUGUACGGUCACGUAG